AUGUACAGCAACCCUCCAGGCCGCAGUCUAGCCUACGCUCCCACUCCCUAUGCUUAUCCAGCAAACACUCUGUCCGCGCGGAUCAACCUCGACGAAGAAGUCAAACUCGCCGACUCGUCUGCCGAACGUGAUCUGAUCGACUCCCUAGCCGAGAUCUACAGCAUCAUCCGCACUAUCGACGGACUGGAAAAAGCAUAUAUAAAAGAUGCGCUACCAGAGACGGAAUACUCGGACAUGUGUUCGAAACUGCUCAAGCAGUAUCGAUCAAUAUUGAGCGACGAAAGUGUCGCACGAGAGUUUGGAGACCUGGAUACAUUCACACAGAAGUGGGACAUCGAGUGUCCCCGCGCCAAAGAACGUCUAAAAAUCGGUCUGUCCAGUGUGGAAACGAUAACUGUGGCCAAGGCUGCUCCUGGAUCUACAGCACCGCAAGGCAAUCUUUCGGGCAGCUUGAUCUUGGUCGCGACCGAGAAUUUCAUCACGUUCCUUGACGCGCUACGGUUGAACAUGGUCUCGAAGACUGCCUUGCACCCGCUUCUAUCAGACGUUAUCCAGUCGGUGAACAAAGUCACAGAGCAAGACUUUGACCAUCGUGGCAAGAUCAUCCAGUGGCUGAUCACUCUCAACCAGAUGAAGACCUCAGAGGAGCUUAGCGAGGAGCAGGCGCGGGAUUUGGCAUUCGACAUGGAGCAAGCAUACAAUGGAUUCAAGUCGAUCAUUCAGUGA